AUUGCUGCGUGAGUGUGUGAGCGUGUGUGUAUAUAUUUUGUGUUCGUAACUUCACUUCAUAAUCUUGAAAUAAAAAGCUAAAUUAGGCGCCCUUGCAAUUAUAAAUUCUCUUCUAAUCGAUAUGUGCAAAAGGCAAAGGACUAGAAUGCUAGGAGACGCUCGGGCGAGAGAGCCAAAGUUAAGACUGAAACAUUAGUGGAAGGUAUGGAUGCUCGCGGUGGGCUUCGCUGUAGUGCGAGACUAAUCGGAGAGGCGGCACGGAACAGCAGCAGCGGUGGGAACGGGGGACCCGGGAGGCCUACGCAAGAUACAGCAGCGGCGGCCGCGGCUGCCGCCCAGCGCCGGGCCCGAGCCGCUGAGCGUGCACGCGAAAUCGAGGAUAGCCCACGGGUGCUGCGUGAAAAGUGCCGGCGCCUCGCGCGAGCUUUACGCAAUGCUAAACAUCUCGUGGUGUAUACCGGUGCAGGUAUCAGUACAGCGGCCGAUAUUCCAGAUUACCGGGGGCCACAUGGUGUUUGGACGAGGUUACAACGCGGGGAGACUGUCGGGUCAGCAAAAGCGCGUGGAGGUGUCCCGGGCGCAGCCGACGUUCACCCACAUGGCGCUGACGGCGCUGUGGGCGCGCGGCACGCUCAAGUUCGUGGCGUCCCAGAACUGCGACGGGCUGCACCUGCGCGCCGGCCUGCCGCGGCGCGCGCUCGCGGAGCUGCACGGCGACAUGUUCGUGGAGCUGUGCCCCGCGGCCGCGUGCGGUCGUCGCGUCUACCUGCGCGCCUUCGACACCACCGAGCGCACGGCGCGCCACGCGCACGGCACGCGCCGCCUGUGCCACGCGUGCGGCGCCGAGUUGCGCGACUCCAUCGUGCACUUCGGCGAGCGCGGCCGCAGCGCGUGGCCGCUCAACUGGGCCGGGGCGCUGCGCCACGCCGCGCGCGCCGACGUCGUGCUGUGCCUGGGCUCCAGUCUGAAGGUGCUGCGCCGCUACCCGCGUCUGUGGCGCAUGCAGGCGGCGCCGCGCGACCGCCCCGCCCUCUACAUCGUCAACCUGCAGUGGACGCCCAAGGACUCGGUGGCCGCGCUCAAGAUCAACGCGCGCUGCGACGCCGUCAUGCGCCAGGUGGCGCGGCGGCUGCGGCUGCGCGUGCCGCGGUACCGCGCGCGCCGCGACCCCGUGCUGGCGCACGCGGAGCCGCUGCUGCCCGCGGAGGCGCACACCACGCGCCGCCCCCUGCUGCGCGCGCCCGCCUCGCCCUCGCCCCCGCCCUCGCCCGCGCGGUCCGCGCCCUCGCCCUCGCCCUCGCCCUCCGCCUCGCCCUCCGCCUCGCCCUCCGCCUCGGACUCGGACGAGGAGCUGCCGCUGCGCCGCCUCGCCGAGCGCCUGCGGGAGCCCCCGCCGCCCCCCCUGCCGAACGGGGAUUCGUUGACGUCGCCCCCUUCGCCCUCGCCGCGAUCGUCGUUUCCGUUUCGAAACUCGUCCUCGGCUUCGCCGAAUCCGGGACCUCCGCCGCCGAGUUUGCGGCUCCCGUCGUCGGUCGGGCGACCUCCGUCUCCGAAUUUGCUUCCGGCCGGGAACGCGCGCCCUCCGUGGCUCGCAGUUUCAUCUACGAACUCGCCGAGUGCCCGACCUCUCUCGCCGACCGUUCGAUCGUCGCCCCCGGACGUUCGAAUACCGCCCCCCGAUCGGGACGAGGCGAAGAUUCCGAACGCCGCGAGAUCGCAGAGUCCGGCGCCGCCGGUGACGACGUCGGAACGACAUCGAUCGACUCUUCAAUCGACGGCGCCGCGACCGCCGCCGGAUCUCCUGCGUGCUUUUCAGACGAUCGUCCUGUUCGACCACUGAAGAAGGAUGUAUUCGGACUCCACAUUACACAGUUAAUACAAGAAAUUUUUAAUGCCUGGAAGGAUUCACAUGAUGCGUCAGGUAUUUUCUGUGACCUAUCUAGCGCGUUCGAUUGUGUUUUUCAUGAAACAUUGAUUAGGAAACUUCAUUCCUAUGGAUUUAGAGAUAACUCACUGGAUUUUAUGGUCUCAUACUUGACUGACAGAGAGGCAGCAGAGGGUUGA